GGGAAAGAGUCCUGGGAUCUGGACAACGCCGGCAGAGUGGCUGAUGCAGAGGCAUUUAAGGGCUUCGUCCGUUACCACACGGUCACAUCCACUGUGAUCAUCGCAUGUGUGGCCGCAAACAACAUCUGA